UGGGAUUAUUAUCAGGUUGUUGGUAGGAGGAGAAACAAUAGAGCCUAAAACAAACAAGUUAAAAAACGUAACUUGCCCAAGACCUCAUUUUUUUCUGCCUAUCUCAGCUGAAAAACAUACCGCUCUUCUUCCCAAUCACCUCUAUCUUUCCUGACCGAUAAUUGCUUUGUUUGCAGGUUCGCGAAUCUUCAACCAGUCCUGCAAUGGUUGGAGAAUCAUUGCCAGAGUUCAACUAUCCCAAAGAUGUUUUGCAGCCUUUACUUAGCGCAUCAAAUUCGUCUUCGCUACAACAAGCCCUAGAGAUUCUUAUAAAAGAUUCUAGAGCUGCUGUUGGCCGUGCAGAACUUGCUUCAAAGAAUAUCCUUCCUACUGUUUUGAAGCUUGUUGAAUCUCUCCAUCGUGCAUCAAGUCGAGAAUAUCUCAUGCAAGCUACGAAGCUUCUUAGGAAUCUAUGUGCUGGAGAAGUUGCCAAUCAGAAUUCGUUUGUUGAGCAUAAUGGAAUUGAAACUGUUUUGACUGUUUUGAGGUCUGCAGCACUUCUUUCUGAUCCAGAUUUUGGGAUUAUUCGUUUGAGUUUGCAAGUUCUGGCAAAUGUUUCAUUGGCUGGAGCAGAACAUCAACAGGCUAUUUGGCUUAAGUUGUUCCCUAACGAGUUUUUCAUACUAGCAAGCAUCCGUAGUCUGGAGACCAGUGAUCCUUUGUGUAUGAUUUUAUACACCUGUUGUGAUGGAAAGCCUGGACUGGCUAUUGAGCUAUGUAGAGAUCCAGGGUUGCCUAUUGUAGCUGGCAUAAUUCGGACCGUUGCUUCAGUUGGUUCUAGAGAAGACUGGUUUAAGUUACUUCUCUCAAGAUUAUGUUUGGAAGACAUUCACUUCCCUGCACUGUUCUUUAAAUUAUGUGAAGGCAAUGCUUCUGAGGAUAGGGGAAACACUGCUUUAGGCGAUAAUGUUUUCUCAUCGGAGCAGGCUUUUCUUCUGCGAAUCAUAUCUGAGAUCCUAAAUGAACGAAUUAAUGAAGUAAGAGUUCCCAAUGAGACUGCAUUGUGUGUUCUCGGAAUAUUUAAGAGAUCAGUAAGUAUUGUUGAUUUUGGUGCUAGAGCCAAGUCUGGUCUUCCAACUGGCUCUACAUCCGUUGAUGUUAUGGGAUAUUCCCUCAUUAUUUUGAGGGAUAUCUGUGCUCAAGACGGUCUAGGAGACUUGAAGAAAGAUUCUGUAGAUGUUGUUGAUUUGCUACUAUCCAAUGAUCUUACAAAUGUUAUUUUAUCAUUGCUUCAUGAUCUUGAGCCGCCAGCAAUCAUAAGAAAAACCCUGAAGGAUAGUGAAAACCGAGAACUGAAUUUGGGUUCAACUAAGCUCUGCCCUUACAAAGGAUUUCGGAGAGAUUUGGUUGCGAUAAUUGGGAAUUGUGCCUAUAGAAGGAAGAACGUACAGGAUGAAAUAAGGCAGAAAAGUGGGAUUCUACUGUUGUUACAGCAGUGUGUUACUGAUGAUGACAAUCCAUAUUUGAGGGAAUGGGGGAUUUGGUCUUUGAGAAAUUUAUUAGAAGGUAAUGCAGAAAACCAACAGAUAGUUGCUGAUUUACAGCUACAAGGGUCUGUUGACAUGCCUGAACUUGCCAGACUUGGUCUUAAAGUGGAGGUUGAUCAAAACACUCAUCGUGCAAAGCUAGUAAAUAUCCCAGGAAGCUACACAAAGCCCGUCGAGCGUGUAGGUCCUCUCAAGUUUAUGGAGAAAAUGUCCAUCAGAGAACCACAAUUACACAUUCAAGCACACCACACUGCAACUUUCAUCCUCUCCACCAAACGGCCCAAUACCAAUACCCUUCCAUUUGGUUUCCCAGAAAAUGUGCAGCUGUAGUAAAUACUAAUUUUAUACAGUGCAUGAAUCUCAACAAGAAAGAGAGUUUGGAGAUUCCCAGGAGUAGGGUUGAUACAAAUUUAUUCCGGUACACAUUACACCAACUCAAUUUGGAAUUUAAAUAAUAGUACAGAUUUAUCUAUAUAAUAUAUACCAUAUCUACUCUAUAUUUAUAACCUCUUCCAAGAGUACAUACAUAUAGAAUUAGACAAUAUUUGUAACAAUUAGACAAGAUUAUUUUGUGGUUAUAAUAAGUUUUAUACUCUUAAAUAAGAA